GGUCCCAGCAGAGCUGCCAGCACCAUGAAAGAUGAGGUGGCUCUUCUGGCCACUGUCACCCUCCUGGGAGUCCUACUACAAGCCUACUUCUCCCUGCAGGUGAUCUCAGCGCGCAGGACCUUCCGCGUGUCGCCGCCGCUCACCACCGGCCCUCCAGAGUUCGAGCGCAUUUAUCGAGCCCAGGUGAACUGCAGUGAGUACUUCCCGUUGUUCCUCGCCACGCUCUGGGUCGCCGGCGUCUUUUUCCAUGAAGGGACGGCGGCGCUUUGCGGCCUGAUCUACCUGUUUGCGCGCCUCAGAUACUUUCAGGGAUACGCUCGCUCCGCGCAGUUCAGGCUAGCCCCGCUCUACGCGAGUGCACGCGUUCUCUGGCUGUUGGUGGCGCUGGCGGUGCUCGGCCUUCUUGGCCACUUCCUCCCGAUUUCGUUGGGUGUCGCGCUCCACGGACGGCUUCGGAUGCUGCUGCCGGGAACGCGAGACUAA